AGUCUUAUGGAGAUUCCUUGUCUCACAAGAAAAUGUUUUUUGUUACAAAUGGUCAAGAUUUAAUCAAUCACGGCAAAUUUUGGUGCGCCUAAAUUCAGGAAUUUUUUGACAGUUAAGUAGAAACGCAGCAGAAAUUGUUCUUGCACGCACUCAUUGAAAGCUACCAUCAAGCAAAGAGAAGGCGGAGAGAAUAUGGAUUGGUUCCAGAACGCUCAUUCUGCAUUAAGCUGUUUGAUCUAUUUCUUCUUAGCUCUAGCUAUGCUUAUUUCAUGCUGCAAAUGCGAUUUGUCGGAAGUUACCGGCAAUGAUGCCCUCUCUUUGGGGGAUUCUCUGAGGGCAGAUCAGACAAUAACUUCAAAGAAUGGCACUUUUGAAAUGGGUUUUUUUAAUGUCAAUGGAACCAACAACUGGUAUGUUGGGAUCUGGUAUGCCCAGAUCUCUGAGAAGACCAUUAUUUGGGUAGCUAACAGGGAGACUCCUAUCAGAAAAACUCCCGGCAUUUUGAUGCUGUCUAGAGAUGGCUAUCUCACUGUGUCUGAUUCAGGAGGAAGACAGAUUUGGUCUACUAAUGAUACUCAGCAAACAAAGGCAUCCAGUGCUUCCAUUCUGGACACUGGUAAUUUUGUUCUUUUUGGAGCCCAAAACACUUCUGAGAUUGUGUGGGAGAGCUUCGCACAUCCCACAGAUACAAUGAUGCCACACAUGAAGUUUUGGAAAGGAUUACAACUAAGACCCUGGAAGAAUCGGAGAGAUCCAGCAGCUGGGCCUUUCUUUCUAGAAAUAAAUCCAGCCCUAGAACAGAAAGACUUUAUUCUGCACUACACAAAUGGUGUUCCAUAUUACAGCACUGGACCGUGGAUGGGCACCUAUUAUGCCACCAUGCCAGAGUCACUGUCUCGUUCCAUAUUUCAGGAGGAUCUUAUAGAGUUGUCUCCCACAAGAAUGUACUACAUAUAUUGGUUUACCCCCAAAGCUGGUCCCUUGAUGGCCAGGCAAAUUGUGACCCCUGAUGGUUACUUCCUAUCUUUUCUGUGGAUUCAGAAUAGGUGGAGCAUGGAUUGGUCGCAGCCCCAAGAAAGGUGCGGUGUAUAUGGGAUGUGCGGGGCUCAUGGAGUCUGCUUCACCCAAGCAAACGUUCAAUUAUGUAGCUGUGCGGAAGGUUUCAAUCCAAGAGACGCUGCUGCCUGGCAUUCACGACAGUGGUGGUUAAGCGGUUGUGUUCGGAGGACUCCAUUGAACUGCUCUGCCUACAUUAAUGGCAGUGUUCGUACCACCACAGAUGGUUUCCUCCAAGUCGGCAAUAUUUCUUUGUCUGAUAAUGAAGCUCCCCAAUAUACCCAAGAGUGGACUCUACAAGGAUGCAAAACUGCUUGUCUCAACAAUUGCUCCUGCACGGCCUUUGCUCUCACUAAUUCCAAUCCUGCUGUUUGUAAAAUGUGGUUUGGCGAUCUGCUAAGCUUGCGGGCAAAGGAUACUUCUUCUGAGGGACAGUCCUUCUUUAUUAGAUUGGCUGCUUCAGAUUUGCAGCAGUCAUCAGCCCAUGUAGGAAUUAGCAGCACAGUACUUGCGCUCUCCAUUUCAAGUCUUUUGGGCAUUGCUGCUUUGGGUAUUCUGUUUGUUGGUGUAUGGUUGUUUAUUAAACGCAGGCGUCGAAGACUGCUUCAGAAACAAGAGGAGUACGACACUUCAACAUCGUUUAGAACAUUCACCUACAGAGAGCUCAGAAUUGCGACAAACAAUUUCGCUCAUAAGUUGGGAAAGGGGGCAUUUGGCUCUGUCUUCAAAGGAACUCUCUCCGACAAUACACUUGUUGCGGUGAAAAAAUUAGAGGGUUCCCAACAAGCAGAAAAGCAGCUGCGUGCAGAAAUAAGCACCAUUGGAAACAUACAUCAUGUGAAUUUGGUGAGGCUCCGGGGAUUCUGCGUGGAGGGGUCUCAAAGAAUGCUUGUUUAUGAAUAUAUGCAGAAUGGGUCUCUAAGCUCUUUCUUGUCCCGCAAGGCCAAAGAGGCAGGCAAGCUUUUGGACUGGAAUACCAGAUUUGGAAUCGCUUUAGGCACUGCAAAAGGGCUGCUUUAUCUCCACGAAGAAUGCAGAGAUCGCAUCAUCCAUUGCGAUAUCAAGCCAGAAAAUAUUCUUCUGGAUGCGGAUUUGUCUCCAAAGGUGGCAGAUUUUGGACUGGCAAAGCUUGUUGGCAGAGAUUUCAGCAGAGUUCUGACGACAACAAGAGGAACGAGAGGGUAUUUGGCUCCCGAGUGGCUCGCCGGAUUGCCAAUAACAGUGAAGGCAGAUGUAUACAGUUUUGGCAUGACACUGCUAGAAAUAAUCUCAGGCCGACGAAAUCUUGACUUUAGCGUGGAGGGAUCUCAGUGCUAUUUUCCCACCUGGGCAGCAACUCAAAUUGACAAGGGCAAUUUUAUUUCCAUUGUGGACGAGAGGGUUGCCGAUCAGGCGGAUGUUGAGCAGAUAAGAAGAGCGGCUGUGGUGAGCUUUUUGUGCAUUGACAAGGAUGAGAGUGUGAGACCAAGCAUGGGUCAAGUUGUUCUUAUGCUGGAAGGCAAAUCAGAGGCUGACGGAGUUCAAUUUCAGAGGUCCCUGCAACAGCUUGUCGAUAACCACUGAAGGCAUGUGAGGGCAACAGAUCAGAAAUCUCAAAACAGGAAAACCCAGGAGGGAUGCCAUAUUGCCAAGUUAAGAAAGUUGCAACUACUUUUAGGUAUAUUAUAAUGUAAAUAUGCACGCAUAUUAAACGGUUGCUUUGAAGCUUCUCUGUAUGUUCUGUAAUUUGACCGAGUUAAGGAUGAGUCUUCUGUAAUUUGAGUGAGUUUUAAUAGUAUUUUAAAGUCGUUAGUCUUGAGUAUAUAAAAUUUAAACAAUAUGUGAUUUUAGA